CGGCCCCGCCGCCGCCGCCAUGGAGGAGCCGCUGCCGCCGCCGCUGCCGCUGCCCCAGGCGGCCCCGCCGCCCGCCCCGCCCGACACCGCGGCGCCCGCGGCCUCGCUGGAUGGGGAGCCCGAGGCCGAGGCCGCCCCCGAGUGGAACAUCCCGCCCAACGCGCCCGCCUGCAUGGAGCGGCACCUGGAGCGCGCGCACUACCGCGCAGACGGGGCCCUGCUGCUCGGCGUCUCCGGGCUGAACGGGCGAUGCUGGACCGGCUCGCUGUGGGUGUUCGCGGAGCCCCGGCGCGCCCCCAGCGAGGGCUUCUGCACCGCCGGCGUGCAGACCGAGGCGGGGGUCGCCGACGUGUGCUGGCUGGCGGACAGGGGCAUCCUGGUGGCCUCCGACUCCGGUGCCGUGGAGCUCUGGGAGCUGGAGGAGAAUGAGAGCCUCAUCGUGAAUAAGUUCUGUAAAUACGAGCACGAUGACAUCGUGACAUCAGUGUCUGUCCUGGCUGGCAGCACCCAGGCUGUCAGCGGGGGCAGGGAUUUCUGCGUGAAGGUCUGGGACAUCCCGGAGCAAACGGUGCUGCACUCCUACAGAGCUCACUCCGAUGCAGUGACAUGUGUGGCUUCCUGUCCUGGUAAGGACACUGUGUUCCUGUCCUGUGCUGAGGACAACAGAAUUUUACUCUGGGACACCAGAUGCCCCAAACCAGCUACCCGAAUUGUUUGCAGUGCCUGUAAUUACCUCCCUACCUCAGUCAUGUGGCAUCCACAGAAAAGUGACAUCUUUGUCUUGGGUGAUGAAAGUGGAACAGUUGCACUGGUGGACACAAAGAAUCCUGACUCUGCCCUGAGCACUGCUGUGCACACCCGAGCCAUCACAGGCUUUGCUUUCUCUGCACACAGUUCACCCUUACUGGCUUCCAUCAGUGAAGACUGUUCAGUUGCUGUUCUCGACUCAGACCUCUCAGAGGUGUUCAGAAACCGAUCUCAUCGAGACUUUGUAAAAGGCUUGUCCUGGUCUCCUUCAGAUGAUGCCUUGCUCACUACAGUUGGAUGGGAUCAUCAGGUUUUACAUCACACUGUCCCCCUUCCAGCUGGUGAAGCUUCUGGAAUCAACUGUGUAAAAGAAUAGUUUUAUAAACUCAUGGUCCAAGUUCCUUGCUGGCAUCACUUUGAUUCUGCUGAAGUCGCAGGUGUGUGAGCUGGAGUGGGCUCUGUUGUCUGCCUCAAAGCUUGUGGCUAAGAGGGUUCCUGUAGUAAUUUUGAAUUAGGCUUAAAUUAGUUACAAACCAAGCUUUACCCUCUUCUCAGGAGUGGCUUCUCCUGUAAUAAAAGACUUUGGUUUUACUCAGAAAAGAUUGACUUCAGGCACAGAGGAGAUUUUGAGAGACAGGGAAUUAGGUGUAAUGAAAAAAGAAAUAAAGUCAAAAAGACUUGAUUCUUUCCUUA